ACCAUCUGGUGCGCAAUCUGCCCAACUGUUCCAUUGACGCCACACACCAUGGCAUUCCGGGCAUACUCUGGCACCAUCCGGAGAUGGGGCAUGGGGUCCCGAUCUCGGUGGGUGGGGAGUUUUCGUGGACUGGCGACUGUGACGGAUCCCGCGGUAGGCUACGACGUGAUCGUCAUCGGUGGCGGACACGCAGGCGCCGAAGCCUCUGCGGCGGCAGCGCGGUCCGGCGCACGCACGGCGCUCAUCACGCCCUCGCGCUCGAACAUCGGCGUCUGCUCGUGCAACCCCAGUUUCGGUGGCAUCGGCAAGGGCACGAUGAUCCGAGAGGUGGACGCCAUGGACGGCGUCGCCGGCCGCAUCAUCGACAAGGCCGGUGUCAUGUUCCGCACGCUGAACCGCUCGAAGGGUCCGGCUGUCUGGGGUCCGCGCGCGCAGAUCGAUCGUGACUUGUACAAGAGGUAUAUGCUUGAGGAGUUGUCGGGGACGGCAGGACUCGAUAUCGUCGAGGGGAAGGUCGGGGAUAUUGUUGUGUCGAGGGAGGACGUGACGGAUGGUGGUGCGGGUGCGCCGCAGGGCAAGAUCGUGGGUGUGAGGUUGGAGUCUGGCGUGGUGAUUCCCGCCGGUCGCGUCGUGAUUACCACUGGCACAUUUCUCGGCGGAGAGAUUCAUAUUGGGCUGGAUGCGUAUCCGUCGGGCCGGAUGGGCGAGGCUGCUACGUUUGGUCUGAGUAAGUCCCUGCGUGAGGCGGGUUUCACGCUCGGUCGUCUGAAGACGGGCACGCCGCCGCGCUUGGAUCGCAAGACGAUUGACUUUAAGCCGUUGGAGGUCCAGGAGGGCGAUCAUCCCCCGCAGCCGUUCUCGUACCUCAAUGACCGCGUCCAAGUUGACGAUGAGGGCCAGCUCAAUUGCUGGAUGACCUAUACUAACGAGGCGGUGCAUGAUGUUGUGCGUGCGAACCUCGAUAAGACUAUUCAUAUUCGUGAGACGGUCAAGGGACCUAGGUAUUGCCCGUCGUUGGAGUCGAAGAUUAUUCGAUUCGGUCAUAAGGAUCAACACGUUAUCUGGCUUGAGCCGGAGGGGUUUGCGCCCAAUGAUGUUAUCUACCCGAAUGGAAUCUCGAUGACUAUCCCCGCCGACGCGCAAUACGCCAUGCUCCGCAAGAUCCAAGGGCUGGAGAACGUCACGAUGCUGCAGCCCGGCUACGGGGUGGAGUACGACUACAUCGACCCGCGCAACCUGUGGCCGACGCUGGAAACCAAGCUUAUCAGUGGACUGUACCUGGCCGGCCAGAUCAACGGCACGACCGGGUACGAAGAGGCCACGGGACAGGGCAUCAUUGCCGGCACGAACGCGGGUCUGUCCGUGCAGGGCCGCGCGCCGCUCACCCUGCGCCGCUCGGACGGGUUCAUCGGCAUCAUGAUCGACGACCUCAUCACCAAGGGCGUCUCCGAGCCGUACCGCAUGUUCACGACGCGCAGCGAGUACCGCAUCUCGACGCGCGCAGACAACGCCGACCUGCGCUUGACCCGCAUGGCCCGCGACGCCGGCGUGGUGUCCGACGCCCGCUGGCAACGCUUCACCGAGACCGAGGCGCAAAUCGAGGAAUUGCGCUCCCUCCUUACCAACACCCGCAUGUCGUCCGCCGCCUGGAACCGGCUGGGCUUCCGCUCGCGCAUCGACGGCUCCGCCCGCUCCGCCAUGGAUCUCCUUUGCCUCCACGAAACGGACAUCGAAUCCCUGCUUCCGCACAUCGAGUCCCCGACGGGCACCGUGUACAACGCCAAUUCCUUCGCGCCGGAAAUCCGCACGCGUGUUGCGAUCGAGGGCCGGUACGCGCCCCAUGUCGCGCGCCAGGAGGCCGCUACUCGCCGGUCUCUGCAGGACGAGAAUCUGCUCCUCCCGCCGCAGCUGGAUUACAAGGCCGUCCACGGCCUCAGUGCGGGCGAGGUGGAGGUCCUGACUCGCAUCCGUCCAGUGAGCAUAGGGAUGGCGCGGCGGCUCGAGGGCGUCACGCCGGCCGGAGUGCUGAGGCUCUUGAUGCAUGUACAUCGGUCUGGCACGGUGGGUCGCACGCCUGUGGCCGCGGAGGGGUUGGAAGAGACGCCGGAGGAUGUCUUGACGCAGGCUCCUUGA